AUGGGGUUUGUUAUCGGUCUAUGCUAUCUAUUAGCUUUGAUAUUGAUUGGGGUGUACACAUUGUUUAAAGUAAAGUUUCAAUACUGGAAAAAGAGGGGAAUUCCUCAUUUUGAACCUCGAAUACCAUAUGGAACUCUUUUUCGUAAUGGGAACAAGAAGCAACAUAUCACGGAGAAUUUGACAGAGAUUUAUGCAGCUUUCAAAGGAAAAACUCCUUUUGCAGGAGCUCACUUUUUCACGCAAGCUUUACCCAUUGCUGUUGACUUGGACUUCAUACAAUACGUAUUGGUGAAAGAUUUCAAACUAUUUAACGAUCGUGGUAUCUACUAUAAUCCCAAGUAUGAUCCACUCUCCCUUAACAUGUUUAACGUGAAGGGAAACCACUGGAAACGCUUGCGUACCAAACUUACUCCUACAUUUACAUCCGGAAAAAUGAAAUUUAUGUAUCCAACGAUAGUAGAAGUCGCGACUAGGUUUGAUCAGACGUUGAGCGAAGCAGUGAGAAUGGGUAGCGUUAUGGAAAUCAAGGAGCUCCUAGCGAGGUUCACGACUGAUGUAAUAGGAACCUGCGCGUUUGGUAUUGAGUGCAACAGCUUGAAAGAUCCCAAUGCUGAGUUCAGAACAAUGGGACGGAAGUUCUUUGCUGAACCUCCACUGAGGACUUUCGGUCGAACGCUCGUUAAUCAGUUCCCGAAACUUCGUAUCGAGCUUGGUAUAAAAACUAUUAGAACUGAAGUUAGCUCUUUUUUUAUGGGCAUUGUGAAAGAGACCUUGGAAUACCGAAAAAAAAAUAAUGUUCGUCGUGAUGACUUCAUGGACUUGCUUAUUCAACUGAAAAAAUCGAGUACUGUCGAAAGCGAAUUUUCACUGAUUGAUGUGGAUGCGCAGGCGUUUUUGUUCUUUCUGGCUGGAUUCGAGACUUCUUCCACAACAAUGACAUUCGCUCUGUAUGAGCUGGCGCUUAAUACUGAUAUUCAAGAUAAGGCCCGCAAUGAAAUUAAUGAGGUUUUAAAAAAGCACAAUGAAAAGUUUACUUACGAAGCUAUGAUGGAUAUGAAAUACUUGGAUUGUGUAAUAAAUGGUAAGAUUUUAUCAGAUUUAUCUUCUUUGUGUACUGUUUUUAUGUGA